CACAAACGUAUAAACAGUCUGUUCCGACGUGAGUAACCGUUCGCAUCAUUUUACAUCUACGCGCGCUCGUGCCCCGCGUACACAAGUCACUUGUUAUGAUCUUUCUUUAAUGAUUUCUAUAUAAUGAUAUUAAAAUGUCAACAUACUGUCGUAUUACUGGCAAAAGCCGUGGUUUACCAAAACCAAAUUAUUUCCCAUUGCUACCGCCAAUCUCUCCAGCAGAUGCAAAACGGUUUUGUCGCAUAACUGGAAAGUCAUAUGGGCUGCCCGCGCAUCAUUACAUACCGGUGUUAGUUGGACGAAAAAAAAAAAAAUCUGAUCUUAAACAUGUAGUGAUAAAUGGAUAUCGGUAUGUAUUUCCAAUAAUAGAUGGAUGUUCAGAGUUAUCUGAUGUAUUAAAAACGAAGUGUACAGAUGAUCGUAGGUAUGUGUACUCUGUGGAUAAGCGUAGAUGUAGUCUCGUAUUUCCAACAAGCUUAGAAAAAGCAGUUAGAGAUGGAGAUGUUAAAGAUGUCAUGAUGUCAGAAACUAGUGACACGGUACUUCUAAAAUUGCGUAAAGGUAAAACCGUUGAGUUAGAAAUCAAAGAAAUGGAAAUAUCUGGCGUGACAUUGAUGGAAGGCGAAGGGUUUCGGAACAGGCCCAAACAGAAAAAAACAGUCAAGGAAGAUUGGAGAAGAAAAAUUUUUGAAGAUAAAGAAAAGGAAAGCGAUGCUGAACUAGAACAGGAAGAACUUAAAUCAAAACGGAUAACAUUUUCAGCAGGUCAAGGAAAACAAAUCGAAACUAUUGAAUCUAUACCAAAAAUUAUAAAUGCAAAAUCCUUAAGUGUUUCAAAAAUAAAAAAUAUUAUUAAACCAACUACAGAAAAUAUAAUACUUGGAGAAAAUAAUAAUAAUUUAAAACUUCAAACCGAUAUAUUACCUACUCCAAUUUCAAUUGAACCAAACGUUAUAGAUCUCGGUUCUGCAUUUCCUGGAGUGGUACAUCAGACUUUUCUUAAUGAUACUGUUCUUACUAAUUUACCUAUCAUUUCAGUGGUAUCACCAAUAAAACCUUUGAUAAAAAACUUUAAUAAACUUCCAGUAAUUUUGCCUGAUAUCAACUCGUGUGCAAUUGAAGAAAUAUUAACAGAAGAUAAUAUAAAUAAAUUGUUAACAAUUGAUGAAAUUAAUGUACUAAUUGAAAAUAUUCAAUUGGGUACACAAAAAAUAAUUCCUACUAGUCAAGGUACAACUAAAAUAUUUAAAUUAGAUAUUAAAAAUUGUGAAAAGUAUGUACCAGGACAAUAUGUAAAAACUGAAGAUGGUGAAAAAUUUGUCCCUGGUAAAAUUAUUGACACAGCUAAUGGAAAAUUAUUUGUACAUGGCGUUAUGGUCCAAACAUCAGAUGGAGCAAAAUUUCUUCCUGGACAAAUUAUUGAGGACUCUGGAAAAUCUAUGUUUAUUGUUGGUCAAAAUAUUAUAACAAGAGAAGGAGAAUCAUUUGUUCCAGGACAAACGAUUACAAUAGAAGGUGAGAAAAGAUUUGUGCCUGGACAAACAGUUAAAACUCCUGAAGGUAUUGGUUUUGUGGCUGGGCAAGUAGUUAACAAUGGUGGCGAAUCAGAUUUUAUUCCUGGACAGACUGUAAUGACUAUUCAUGGGCCACAAUUUGUACCGGGACAGUUUUGGAAUGAUGAAAAUAUCAAAUUUACUCCUGGACAAAGUGUUUUAAAAAUUAACGGUGAUUGGGAAUUUGUUCCCGGUGUCUGUGUUGGGUCAUCUUUCAUACCCGGCUUAACAGUAGUCGAAAAAGAAAAAGAAGAAUUCAUUCCAGGAAGAAUAGUAGAAACUGAUAAUGACACUACUUUUAUACCCGGUAUAACAACUUUAGAUAACAAUGGAAAUACAAAAUUUGUUCCUGGAAUAAGUAUUGAAACAGAAAAUGGAAUAAAAUUUGUAUCUGGGAAUAUUUUAUCGGAUAAUGAUGGAAAUAAACAGUUCAUUUUGGGACAUGUAACAAAUUCAGAAAAUGGCGAAAUAAUCUUCACAGAAGCAAAGUCACUACAGGAAGUAAUUUGUUCUGAUGAAGUACAAUCAGGAAUUUUGACAAAUGAUUCAUUUUAUCCAAAAGGUGAAAAAUCCGAUGAAGUUUUUGGACAGAUGGUACAAACCGCUUAUGGGGUAGAAUUUUAUCCAGAUGAUCAAGCAAUCUUACCAGCUGGAAAAAUAGUUCCAGGAAAAUUAAUACGAAACAAUGGUAUUAGAUUCGUUCCAGGUGUUGUAGUUGAUAAUAAAUUUAUACCAGGACAAAUAGUGGUAACAGAUAGAGGAGAACAGUUUGUACCGGGACAAGUGAUUGAAACACAAAUGGGUCCAAAAUUUGUGCCAGGACAAGUAGUAGAAACAGAAACUGGUUCGAAAUUUGUUCCUGGGCAGACUAUUGAAACCAAAGAUGGAAUAAAAUUUGUACCCGGUCAGAUAGUAGAAACAAAAGCAGGUCUAACGUUUAUACCGGGUCAAAUAAUAUUUACAGAAGAAGAAGGAUCUAGAUUUGUACCAGGUCAAGUUGUUGAUACAAUAGAGGGUCCAAGAUUUGUGCCCGGUCGAGUUGUAGAAACUGGAGAUUGUGUAACUUUUGUACCUGGUCAAGUAGUCGAAACCACAGAAGGUUUGAAAUUUAUUGCCCCAGAUCUUCAAGAUGCAGAUGAUGGUGUGUGUGAGUUCAGUGUCCAAGGAUUUGAAGUGUCGCCAGAAGAAUUACAAGUUAUUCAACCUAAUUUUCCUCAAACUUCAUAUUAUACACAAAAUGGUAAAAUGGCUCUAGAUUCAAAAAUGUUGGAACAAUUAUCAUUUGCAGGUAUGAGUAUUGGAAGACAAGUUCCUGCAGAACUUCCAGAAGUUGAUGUACGCACACUUCCUUCAAUGGAAGUGGCGUAUGACGUUGCAGAAAAACUGGAAUUUAAUAAUGACAAUACAAUUAAAUUAGCUCAUAUAAUUAAUCGAUUAUGUAAAUUAGAUUUAAAAAAUACUUACUAUGGAUCACCGUUAGUACAAAACUUAAUAAACAAAUUACCGAAAAUCAAAACAAAUGAAAAUGUAGCAGAAGUUAUUUCAAAUCUUCUUAACACUGCUAAAUCGAGUCCUAUAACAGCUUUAAAUGAAAUUUAUGUAGUAAUAUUUGAUGAUGGUUUUGUAACGGAUUUAAAAAACCCUAAUAAAGUAAAUAUUUUGAAGGGAAUAAUGAAUAGUUCUGAACUUGAAUCUAAAUAUAUUGCUGAAGCAUUCAGUGAAAUUUUGAAUGAUUUAGAAGACUCUAAAUUACGUUUAGCAUUUGAACAUAUAGCAGAAGAAAAUAUAGAAUUAUUAAAAGAAGUAAAAUUAAAAAUCGACAUGAAAAAAGUAAAUAAUGAAAAAGAAGCAAUUGAGGCAUUACAAUGGGCAAUUGUUAGUGUCAUUAAUAAAAACAGUGAAAUAACUGUUAAUCAAAUGUUAAAAGACAAUAAAAGUGAACAAUUCAAUCGUUUAUUAUCUGAUGCAGUUGGUCUUGCAAAAGCAUUAGGACUAAAAGAAGUUGCUUCAGUACUUAUGGAUGUUCUUGAUGAUCGAAGGUCAGCUGAUAUAUUAGCUUCAGAUAAGAUAACAAUAGAAAUAUUAAGACGACUAACUGUAAUGAGGAAACUUGCUGAAAGACGGCCAGAAUUUAGUGAAACUUUAAACGGGAUGUCUAUUGACCCAAUUGAAGCAAGAUUGGAUCCAAAAUUACGUGAACUAGUCAGAGAAAGUGGAGUGUUAUUACUUCCUCCAGAAUCAAACGUUGAAACAUCGUUUGAUGUUCCUGCUGAAUUAUUUAGUCCGGGGAAUAGUUUAGCAAUGGAGGAUUUUAUGGUGAAAUCGAGAAAAAUGGGAAUUUUACUUAUAAUUAAAAAUGGUCUUCAAGCUGUAGUCCCACGAGAAGCAGCCAGAUCAGUUUUAACAGGGCAGGUUCCAUACACUGUUUUGGACGAAAGAGGCAUGCACAGAUUUGAACCAAUGAAUGUCCUAGAUGUUUUAAACAUUCGUGCAUUUAGCUCAGGAAGAUAUUCAAUGUAUAAUUGCGCUGUACAAAAAACACUAACGGAAGAUGAGGGAACAAUUACUCGUGGUAGUUCAAUUAGUUUGGAUGAUAGACAAUUAACAAUUGGAGAGGGAGGCGGAGACGAAUACGAGGUUCUUCAAGAUUAUGAAACAGAACCAGUUGAUGGUGCUGAUGAGGAAGAUGAUUUGAUUUUAGAACCUGGUGAUAGAGUUGUUGUACUAAAACAAUCAAAAGAUGAUCCGUCAAUGGGCGCCGAGGUAAAACGAAAUUUACUGUUGGACAAUGCAGCGGCCAAACAUAAAAUGUCAGUACGACCAAAUAAAGUACAUCCAACCAAACACAAACCCUUGGAUACAGACGGGUCAUUGGUUCAAAGUCUUGACGAGCCAACUAAAAUGGGAUAUGUACCUAAUAGCAUUCUAAAAAAAAUACCGGCUCCUGUUAGAGCGACAGCUGUGGUUCCAGCAGAAGGACAAACAUUAUCAAAAAAGGAUGCAAAAUUUAAUAGAGAUGUGGUACUCGCAGAAUUAGUAGAAACUGAAGAAGAAUUUGGUCAAGAUAUUCAAGAAGUAGUAGAAAGAUAUUUAAAUCCUUUAGAAUUAAAUGAUGCGCCAAGAAUAGUGAGAGAUAAUAAAGAUCUCAUAUUCAACAAUUUAAAACAAAUAUCGCAAUUUCAUAACACAGUUCUCAUUGCUGGAUUAAAAUAUGCAGCUAGCGAACCAAAAACUAUGGGUAGAACAUUUCUUCGUUUAGAAAGAGAUUUCGAUAAGCAUGUUAAUUAUUGUCAGACGGAACCAGAAGCACAAGAUUUUUUGGAAUGCAAUUAUCAAGUACGCGAUUAUUUUGAGGAUGAGAGAUUGAAAGUUGGUGAUGAUAAAGCUCUUUCAGAACACUUGAAAUUACCAAUACAACGAAUUAACGAUUAUCAAUUGUUACUCAAGGAACUAGUUAAAUAUUCAUUACUCAUAGGAGAAGAUACCACUGACUUAGAAAGAGCUCUUGAAUUGAUGCUAUCAAUUCCACACCGAUUUACUGACACCAAAUUUUUAACAAAUAUAGAAGGAUUUCAUGGCACUAUACAUAAAUUGGGCCGAUUAUUAAAACACGGAUGGUAUUACGUACAAGACGCCGAAGACCCUAAAGGACACCAGCGUUAUUGUUUUUUAUUCAAAUCUAGAAUUCUUGUUUGUAAAGUUCGUCGAAUAUCCGAAGAUAAAUCUGUCUUCGUCCUAAAGGAUAUAAUUCGAUUACCUGAAGUUACUGUAAAAGCAGCACCAGACAACAAGCGUGUAUGGGUACUUCAUCAUAGACUAGGAGAAGUUGGAAAUUAUCCUUUCACCUUUAGGGCUAAUGAAGAUUUAAGUCGGGAUCAGUGGAUUACAGAAAUCGAAGAACAUAGAAACGAUUUACGUGAAAAAGAAGAUUUACAAGACCAAUUUUGGGAGCGAGAAUUCGUAUCUAUAACAGAAACUUCUAAAUCUUCUGUGACAGUGACAAAUGUUGAACAUAACAGUGACGAUAUCAAAGUACAAAAACAAAAGGAUGAAGAUUUAUUUGAACCACUUAAAGGUAUUGAAUUAGAUAUUUCUAAAGAAAUUGAAGAAGGUUUAGAUCCCAUUGAAAGACGAUUAGCACCAAAACCGUUGAAGCACGUCGAGGAACCAAAACGUCCACCACUUACACUUCCACCUAAAGAACCAAUAUUUGAAUGCACAUCACCACCUGAACCUAAGAAACGCCCAGAACCCGAGGUCAAAGUUGAAGAACCCCCUGUGAUUGAAAUGCCUGUUCCGAAUAAAGAGGUUAUUGUUGAAAAGGAAAUAAAAGAAGAAGUACCUGUUCCACAAGUAGAGCCAAUUCCAACUGAGCCCCCACCACCUGAAAGGUCUCCAUCGCCAGCUGAAGAAGAAAUUGAAUCCGAACCAUUAAAAUAUGUAGAAGGUGUUUCAAAACCUUAUUUCCAUGUCAACAUUAAAGGAACAAAUCGUGGAGGUGUUAUUGAAGAGUGUAAUGAAUGGUGGGACACUAAGGGUGAAUUUAAAUCGGGAAGAUCGAUGAAUAAUGAAUCUUCUCUCGCAGUCGGGGAAAAUGCAACAUUUGAAUGUGAAAUCGAGGGUGCCACAAAAGUCACAUGGUUGAAAAAUAAUAUGCCAUUACCAAAUACUAUUGCUAAUCGAACUUCCAUCACAGAAGACAAAGAAAACAAUUUAUAUAAAUUACAGUUAAAUAAAGUAAUAAUGUCAGAUUCGGGAACUUAUACGGUUAAAGCUGAAAAUGAUUUAGGAGAGUCUACGAGUACAGCGUUACUAUUUGUUGAAAAUCUUUCAGCAGAUGAAAAGAAAGCGAGGGCUAAAGCAAACGCUCCAAUUUUUGCUGUUAAACUUGCUGAUACUCAGCUUUUAGAGAACACUCAUGCUAGAUUUAUGAUUGAGAUAAAAGCAAAUCCAUUACCCAAAUUGAGAUUUUUCAAAGGAGAUAAAGAAAUAUCUGAUGAAGACACAAGAAUACAAAUAUUAGAAGUAAAUAAAGAAAAAGGUCUCUAUGAAAUGGUUUUACCUAAUGUAAAACAAGAAGAUGCAGGAGAAUAUCGAGUGAUUGCUAGUAAUAAAUACUCUGAAGAGUCGUGUUCUUGUCAUGUUUCAGUUACUAGUAAGCAAUUAUUUUAUGUAGUAAAUAAGGUUAAACAUUUGUCUGUAUAUAUUUGUUUAGAUGAAAAAGACUUAUGGGCUGGAAUGCAAACGAUAGUACCUGAUGGUACUCCACAUUUUACCUGGUUGAAAAAUGGAAAACCAUUUAACCCUGAAGAACGGUUUAAAGUAUUAUUCAAGGACGACGAGGAUUCAUUAGCAUUAGUAUUCCAAAAUGUAAAACCAGAAGAUGCUGGUUUAUAUACUUGUAUCGCUUCUACUUGUCACGGAAAGAUAUCAUGUAGUGCUGAGCUUAGCGUACAAGGUGUUGUUAAAGAACUAAAUUUACCGUAUGCUCCAAGAGUAACUACCGACAUGAAAGAAUUUGAAACAAAGAUCCAAAGCACAGCAAUCUUAGAGGCUAAAGUAAUUGGUGAUCCUCUGCCAGACAUAAUAUGGUUUAAAAACGAUGAAGAAAUACAAGAAAAUGAACGAAUAAAAUUUAUGUUUGAAGAUGAGAUUAGUGCUAUUGUAAUAAAAAAUGUUGAGGUCGAAGACGAAGGAGAAUAUAAAGUAUUAGCCAAAAAUGAUUUAGGAUCUGAUACAGAAACAAUCAAUUUAUUGAUUAAGGCCGCUCCAAAGUUUAGAAAAAAUUUAAUUGACUAUGAAGGUGUUACUGGAAAAGAAAUAACAUUAUCAGUAGAAAUUGAAGCAUCUCCAAAACCAAUAGUACAAUGGUAUAAAGAUAGUAAAGUUAUAAAAAAGUCGAAUAGGAUAAAAUACGUCACCGAUGAAGUAGCUGGAGUAUAUACCUUAAUUAUUCAAGAUUGUAAAAUGGAAGAUGUAGGUUUAUACUCAGUAGUUGCUUCUAAUCAAUUUAGUCAAAUAUCUGAUGCUUGUCGAAUUAAUCUUCAAAUGCCUCCUCAAUUUAUUGGUGCUUUAGCCAAAGAAGUAGAAACUUUAGAAGGUGAUUAUGUAUCUUUGAGCGUGAGAGUAGAAGGAGAUCCACCACCUCAAGUAAAAUGGUACUUUGAAGACAAAUUGUUAAUUGCUGAUAAAACACACAUAAAAAUUAACGCCGUGGAAGACGUUCAUACUCUUUUAAUAAGUAAUCUUACGAGGGAAGAUUCAGGCAAAUAUACAUGUGAAAUCAGCAACGAAUUUGGAAAAAAUACGAGCGAGGGAAAAUUAUUGGUCAAAUGUCCGCCAAUUUUUGAAACUCCUUUAACAGAUACAAAAGCAAUUGAAGGGGAUACAAAUGUAGAGUUUACUGUAAAACUGAAUUCUUAUCCUAAAUCAUCAGUUCAAUGGUUCCGCGAAGAAGAAGAAAUUACAGAAACAACCACAGAAUUCACUUGUUUCGAAGAUGGAGAUAAUUUCAAGCUUAUUAUAAAAGAAGCAAAAACCAAAUUAGCUGGCACAUAUAAAUGUAGAGCAACAAACGAAAUUGGAACUUACGAUUCAGAAGCAACUCUUACAGUUAUGUCACAACCUACAUUUAAGAAAGGAUUAAGGGAUAUGGAAGUAACAGAAGGAGGAAUGCUUAAACUACAAGUGACUUGUUAUGGAAGUCCGGCUCCUGAAAUUAAAUGGUUUAAGGAUGGAAAAGAAGUACGUAGUGAUGCCCACAUCAAAAUAUCAAAAGACAAAAAAAGGGUGGAGAAUUUCAGUCUUACUGUUAAUCUUGUAAAAGUAGAAGAUGGUGGAGAAUAUGAAGUUAGAGCUACUAACGAAAUGGGUACAGCUGUUACUAAGAGUAUAGUGAAUAUUUUAGCUAAACAUUCAACUGAUUUCAAAGAAGACGAUAAUGAAUCAACUAAAAAUGAAAAUGAGGAUAUAGAAGAAAAUUUAGAUAAAAAAGAAAAAGUGACAUUGCCAAUCAAAAUCAACAGCAAGGAAAACUGCAGGGAAAGAUUAGUGGAAAUAAAUGUUGAAGAAGAUAGAAAAAUUGGUAUUUCAUCGAUAAUAAAUAUAGAUGGUGAUAGAUCUAUCAAAACCGAAGAAAGUUUAGUUAUAAUGAGCAGCCAAUCGGGAGAAUUUAGUUGCGUGGAAAUGAGUUGGGAAGAAUCUUCUACUAAAUGUAGAAAUUAUUAUGGUAUUGUAGAAGAACCUAGGGAUGAACGAAUUAUACCAAUUAAAAUAGACAGAAGUAUAUCAAUACACACAGCUUCUGACGAAGAAGAAGAGCCAUUUUGGGUUGUUGAAAGCGUUAAAAAGCACGAAGAAGUAAGAAAUGAGAUUAAAAAAAUGAAAGAAAAUAAAAACUCACAACAAUUAUUAGGAGAUAGUUGCGACGAAGACGACGAUAAUUCUUUAAUAGAAUUACUAAAAAGAGUUCAAAAACAACGAAAUGAUUUAGAAAAUAUAUUGGAAAAAGAAAACCAAAAGGAAAAUAUAAUUAAUCCUUAUAAAUUUGAAGUAAAUCGUUCAGAAAAUAUACUAUCACGAAGCAAUAGCAUGUUAAGUGAAUCAUCUACACUAAAAGCAAGAUCAGUUUCAAGGUUAUCAUCAUUAGAAGAAAAUACAAAGAUGGAUGAGCUAUCCGAAACUUUGGUCAAUGAAUUAAUUUCUAAUAAUUCAAAUACUUGUAUAAACAGUAAAAAAGAAACCUCAUUAAUAACGGAGAAUACAUCAAAAGAAUUAAUUAGUGACACUAUCUAUAAUACAGAUAGACCGAAAAAAUCUGUUCUAACGCAUAGUUUAUAUACUGAAACGUUAGGAAAUAGUUGCGAAAAUUCGGAUGAAAAAUACUCGAAAGAUGAAGGAACUGUUUUGACUAGUGCUAAUAGAGCUUCAAUAUCAAGACUGUCUUCUAUAGAAGAAUGUGAUAACUCUUUUUCACCUAAGAAAAAUAUAAGAGAGUGUUCUGAAAUACCAAAAAGAUUAUCUUUGUCGAGAUUGCCUUCUACUGAGCAUGCAAAAAAAGAUUUUAUAUUGGAAAAAUCUACUUCACCUAUAGUUAAGGAAAAUGAACUAAAUAAAGAUUUUUAUCCCUCAUCAUUUCUUCAAGAUAAAAUAGAAUAUGAAUUAACGAAAAUUAAUGAUACACUAGACAAGAGCUUUAAACCAAUAUCAGAACAUAAUUUAAAUGAGUCAAUUAGUAUUUUGGAUAAUAAUGAUGAUGUAAACAAUAUAAAUAAUAAACCAAAGAGUAAUUACACAAAAGCUUUAGACAAUGAUAAAUCAAAUGAAUAUAGUCCUUUCCGUCUAUCAAAAGCUGAUGAAGCCGAUUUUCGUAGAAAAUCAUUAAUAAGACAAUCUAGUAUGAUAAGUGAUGCUUUAAGUGCGAUGUGUGCUGAAAUACCAGAGGAUAAUAAAUGUAAUAAACAAAAAAGGUAUUCAAUUAAAGAAGACAAUGAUCAAAUAAAAGAUUCUUAUUCUAGAAAAUCUAGUUUCUCAAAAAUUGUAUGUGAUGAAAAUAACACUAAUUUGGGAAAGAAAUUAAUAUCUAAAUUAGAUGCUGACCGUGAACCUGAAAUUCAUAAUGAGUCAUUUGACUCUUUAACAGAAAAAAAAUUAUCUGAAAUAUCAAGUACAGAACCAUUAAAAAAAUCCUUAUUACCUGAGUUAAAUAAAAAAAUAAUAAGUGAUUUAAAGAACAAUGAUUUAACCACUACAAAAGCAGAUUCUGGUCUUUCAAAUUAUGAAAAUAAAAGUUUUUUGUUAGAUAAAGAAAAUAAUUUAAAUAAUGAAAAGCUUUCAGUAUCUAAUUCUUUACCAAAAGAUAAUAACUUGGAUAUAGUUUUACCAAAGGAUAAUAGUUUAUCAAGUGAUAUUAAAAAUUCAAUGAACGAUUUAAAACCUAAUGCUUCAACUCUAUUCAAAGGAAAAGAAACAAAUAAUUUACCAACUCCUAUCUUAGAAAAUUUAGAAAAUAAAGAAGGCGAUAUAGUUAAACAAUCUUCUCUGAGUUUAUUAGAUAAAAAACAUGGAAAUACGUUAACUCUUGCAACAAAUCAAAAAGGAGAUAUUGCAUGUAACAACAACACGGAUUUAUCACCUAGUAAUUCUCUUUCAUUAAAUAACAUUGAUAGUUCAACAAAUAUAACACAAGAUUUAAAUCCUAAUAAUUCAGUUCAUCUCCCAAUAACAAAAGAAAUAAUAGAUACAAACGUUCUAAAUAUGCCAAUGGAAAAACUUUUAAUUAAUAAAGAAAGCGAAAUAAACAACGACAAAACUGGGAAACCCAUAGAGAAGGUUGAUCAAAUAAUUAAAGAGCAUUCUCCAGAUGGUACGAAUAAAGAAAAUGAAAAUAUAUCAAAAUUGAAAACCUUAAAGACAUCAAUGGAAGAAAACAAUGAUAAGCAAAGAAGUGGAGUAAAACAAAUAGGAGUGCCUCCGAAAAUAAUAUCUGGGAUGGAUGAUGAUGAAACUUAUGAAUCACUUACAAAAGUAUUUAAUGUAAAAGCUCGUGGUGCUCCUAAGCCUAAAGUUCAAUGGUUCAAAGACGGUAAUGAAUUAUCAAAUACUAGAAAUAUCCAAAUUAAUGAUUCCGAAGAAGAUGAAUCAUUUAAAUUAACUAUUCAAGAUUUAAGAGUGGCUGAUUCUGGUUCAUAUUGCUGUAAAUUAACUAAUGAAGUUGGAGAAGACAUGAAAUCAGCAAAACUUAACGUGCAAGAUGUAGAGUUGCUCCGUGGUCCCAAAAUAAGAAAACCACUAUCUGAUAUAGAAGUUAUAAAAGGCCAAAAAGUUGAAUGGUCAAUAACGCUCAUAGCUGAUCCCAUUCCUGAAGUAGAAUGGACUUGUGAUGGCAAAAAUGUCAAUGCUGACUUUACUGUUAAUUCAUCUGAAAUAGCUAAUGGCCUAAAAGAAUGUACAUUCACAAUGACAAUUCCAACUUCUGAACUUAGUGAUACCGGUCUUUACCGAGUGAAAGCGACUAAUAAAUUUGAUUCAGCUGAAUGUAGCGCUCAUUUAGAUAUAGUUAUGAAACCAGAAAUUGAAGGAUUCCAUGAUAUCACUGUAAUACCUUCAAUGGAAGCGAUAUUUGAAGCAAUUAUUCAUGCAGUACCUAAGCCAAAAAUAGUAUGGACAAUAAAUGGAAAAGAUUUAUCGGAACGAGAAUUUGUUAAACUUACAAGUGAAGAAUUAGAAAAAGAUAUAACAAAAUUCAAGAUAGUUAUUGGAGAUGUGAACCCAGAAGAAGAAGGUGAAUAUGUAGUUAAAGCUUGGAAUAAAGUGGGAGAAACAACUGCCAUAGCUAACCUUAAACUUCAUACUGAGGAACCUUCAUUUGUUAAACUGAUGGAAGAUUUAACAAUACAAGAAUAUGAUGAAGUACAGCUUUCUGUACGAGUUAAUGGAAUUCCAAAACCUAAAAUCACUUGGUUUAAAAAUGGGGAAGUCAUAAUACCUGACUUAAGAAUCAGUAUACAUACAAAUGAAGAAGGCCAAGUUAAAAGUACUCUUACUAUAGACCAUUUCAGUGGUUUAGAUAUUGCAAAAUUCUCGGUUAAAGCUGUAAAUAUGAUGGGUGAAGCUGAAACAUCAUCUAAUUUAACUAUGGCGGAAAUAAUGCCCUCGUUUGUAAAACCUUUUGAACGGAUAACAGAAGGCGUUGAAGGAUCACCAAUUGAAAUUCAAACACAACUUAUUGGAAGUCCUCGUCCCCAUGUUGCAUGGUAUAAAGAUGGAGAAGAGCUUAAAAAUACAGAAGGAGAUAACAAAGAUGACGAACAAAAACAUAUUACCCUAGAAGCAAAUCCAAACGGAACUGUUAUGAUAAAAAUUGAUAAAGUUGAACAAGGAGAUUGUGGUGCAUAUAAAAUUAUAGCGACUAAUAAUUUUGGUACAAGUGCUACUAAUACUGCAUUAGUAGUAAAUGAAUUACCGAAAAAGCCAAUUCUAAUUAAACACCCGAACCAAGUGGACGUCAACGAGAAUGAAAUUUUAAAAAUAGAAGCUCAAUACGUAGCCUAUCCAGAUGCUAUUGUAAAAUGGUAUAAAGAUGGACAUGUAUUGCAUCCUUGUCCUCAGAUUGAUUUUGUAAUGGGUCCCAACGGAAAUGUAGCUCUAGUAAUUGAAAAAGCAACGCUUGGAGACGCUGGUGAUUACGAAAUCGUUGUAUCAAAUGAACUGGGUAAAGCUGAUGGUCAAAUAAAAGUUAAAGUAAAUCCGGCAGCUACAGUACCAGCAUUUAUUAUGCCUUUAAGAGAUUCUAAAGUAGUGGAAGGGUUCCCAGCAAAAUUGCCUUUUAGAUUAUCUGGUUUUCCACUUCCAGAAAUUGCAUGGACAAUCAAUGAUAAGCCGUUAGUCAUCGAUGGAGAAAAAAUCAAAAUGGCACAUGAACCCGAUGGUCUCCAUUACUUGUUAAUUGAAAAAGCUGGUCCAGAACAUGCAGGCAAGCUUGCAAUAAUUGCUUCAAAUAACAACGGUAAUACUACAUCGGAAGCCAAACUUUCAGUGACUUCAAAAAUAAACACUGAUUCGUUGGAAUCUAAACCAGAAUUCCUUCAUGGACUUAAAGAUACAACAGUAGAAGAAAGUAAUGCAUUAACAUUAUUAGCUCCGUUUCUUGGUAAUCCUAUACCAGAUGUUAAAUGGGAAAAAGAUGGAAAAAUAUUGCAACCAUGCAAUAAAGUUCAUUUUACCUGUGAUGGUUAUAAAGUUGGACUUGAAAUACUUGAUACCAACACAGGAGAUGCUGGACAGUAUACUUGCACUCUAACAAAUAAUCUAGGUGCUACCAAAUCAGAAUGUCAAGUUGGCAUUCGUAAACUUUAUCAAGCUCCUGUUUUCACGCAACGUUUUUCACAUAAUCAACAAUUGCUUUCGAGAGAUGCUAAAUUCCAUGCUCGUGUUACCGGAGUUCCAUCUCCAAAUAUUAUAUGGCAUAAAAAUGGUCAUCAAUUAACAAAUGGGGAUAAGUACAAAUUAAAACGUGAUGGGGAAGUUUGUAGUCUAACUAUAAGUGAUGUCAAUGGUGAUGACGCAGGACUAUACAGCUGUAUUGCAACCAAUAGAGAUGGAACAGCUACAUGUGAAGCACAGCUUUCAAUUGCUCCACGAAUUGUUGAUGAAUCUAGGAAACAAGAACCACCGUCCUUCAUGAAGAAAAUUGGUGAUUGUGAAGUGUUUGAUGGAAUGACAGCUAAAUUUACCGCAUGUGCUACUGGAUGGCCAGAACCUGAAUAUGAGUGGUUCUUAGACACUAAUAGAUUAUAUGAAACUGAAAGGAUUAGAAUGGAAAAAGAAGGUUCUGGUUUAUUGCGAUUAAAAAUAUUACACGCGGACUCAAUUAUUGAUUCUGGUCGAUACAAAUUACGAAUUUUUAAUCCACACGGAGAAGCCUAUUGUGAAGCAAGCAUUCUGUUUGACAAUGGUUUGGAUUCGCGUUCAAAACGUCCCGUUGGCGAACUUUACAAAGACUUUGAUCGAUAUCGUGCAACUGGAGCACCGUUACCAUUACCUGAUCCUCCAACAAUAACUCGCAUGUCUGAUAAAAGACUUACUCUUUCAUGGAAACCUUCAUUACCAAUCACACCAAGGACUCCGGUAACAUAUUUAGUAGAAAUGGAAGAACAACCAAAAGGCGAGUGGACUACAGUCAGAGCUGGUAUUCGAGGAUGUGCUUGCGAUAUACAUAAUUUAAUUCCAUUUAGGGAUUAUAAGUUCCGAGUAAGAGUUGAAAAUAACUAUGGAAUUAGUGAUCCCUCGCCAUUUGUUUUAACAUACAGAGAAAAGUUAGAACCAGACCCUCCAAAAUUCACUCCUUAUCUGCCAAUAGGAACUGACUUUAAGCCAGAAUCAUCCCCAUAUUUCCCAAGAGAUUUUGAUAUCGAAAGACCUCCUCAUGAUAACUAUGCCCAAGCACCAAGGUUUUUACAUCAAGAACACGAUACACAAUAUGGUGUUAAAGGUCAUAAUGUGAAUUUAUACUGGUUUGUUUAUGGAUAUCCAAAACCAAAAAUGCAAUAUUAUUUUGAUAAUCAGUUAAUAGAAAUGGGUGGCCGUUACGAUUCGAGUUAUACACGAAAUGGCCAAGCUACAUUAUUUAUUAAUAAGAUGUUGGAUCGAGAUAUAGGAACAUAUGAAGCUGUUGCUACAAAUGAACAUGGGAUAGCUAGACAAAGAGUUAGAUUACAAAUUGCUGAAUAUCCGAAGUUCUUAAAAAGGCCCGAAGAAAUGUAUGUAAUUUUGCGCAAAAACUGUAAAUUAGAAGCCAGAGUGAUUGGUGUCCCAUAUCCAGAAAUAAAAUGGUUUAAAGACUGGAAACCAUUAGUCGAUUCAGCUAGAAUUCAAAUUGAACAAGUAGAACCAGAUGUUUGUAUUCUACGUAUCGAAGAUGUUAUCAUGAAAGAUGAGGGACUGUAUAGUAUAAGUGCUCGUAAUUUAGCUGGAUCAAUAUCUACUUCAGUGGCUAUACAUGUUGAGGACCGAGAAUCUGAUUAUUCAUAUAACGGUAAAACUGACAUAAAAUGGAAGAAAAAAGAUUUUUCAGAUUUAUAUGAUAUUGGAGACGAGUUGGGACGCGGUACGCAAGGUGUUGUGUACCACGCAGUAGAAAGGUCAACGGGUAGAAAUUACGCUGCUAAGGUUAUGCAUGCGAAAGGAGAUAAUUUGACGAAACUAAUGGAUAAUGAACUAAAAAUAAUGACUGACUUGAGCAAUAGACGAAUUAUUCGUAUUCAUGAUGCAUUACAGACUUCCAGAACAUAUACUCUUAUUACAGAACUUGCUGGAGGUGGUGAACUUUUGGAUAUUCUAACCAAACAUUCUUUCCUCACAGAAUAUGAUAUAGCUUUAUACAUAAUUCAACUAUUAAAGGCUUUAAAGCACAUGCACGAUUUUGAAAUUGCCCAUUUGGGAUUGACACCUGGAGAUUUACUGAUAUCUCACCCAGGAGGCGAUACAUUAAAGCUAUGUGAUUUUGGACUCAGCAGAAAAAUCAACAGAAGAAAAUUGGAACCAGUUUAUUAUGGUAUGCCCGAGUUUAUUUCUCCGGAAAUAGCUAAGGGAGAAGGCGUUGACCUUUCAUCCGAUAUGUGGUCAGUCGGAGUGAUAACUCAUUUACUUUUAACUGGGAUGUCAUUAUUCCGUUGUGUAAAUGACGCUGAUACUUUGGAUAGAGUUAAAAGUGGUUCCUAUACACUUAGUACAAAAAUUAGCGAUUUAGCUAGAGACUUUAUCUCAAAACUAUUAAUAAUCAACCCUAAUGAUCGUUUGGAUGUUAUAAGUGCUUUACAACAUCCCUGGUUACAAUUUGGCGAAGAUAUACCCGCAGGAACUAGUCAAAUAAACACAGAUUCUCUUCGAAAUUAUUACAAUAACUUGAAGGAUUGGUAUAGUAAUGCAUCUUGUAGAAAUUGGUAUAGAUGCCAUCCUUUAUCUUCUGCGUACACUCAUCCAUCAAAAAUGAUUUAUCCACCUGGCUUUACUUGCACUCCUAGUCCUACUCCAGAACCAGAACCAAAGCCACAAAAGAAACAUUUGCCGUCAUGGAAAGAUAAACUUCCAUCCAAAGAACCAAUAGAUACAGAAAUAGGAAUAAUUAAAUCAGAGAGUCACUAUCAAUAUGGCCCCGAUACAUAUUUGUUACAACUAAGAGACACAAAUUUCCCAGUGCGUUUAAGGGAAUAUAUGAAAGUUGCCGGUAAAAGCUUAACACAUAGAGGAGGAAGCGAUUCACAUUUAGACUGGGAGGCUCCAGUUAUACGCGAAAGAAGAAAAUUUACAGAUAUCAUGGAUGAAGAAAUUGAAGAUGAACAAAAAGCAAGAAUCAGCAAAUAUGGUGCUGACAUAUACACAUUGAGAAGACUUAAACAAGAAAUAGGCUCUAGACCAACUGCUCAUGUAGAAGCAGAAGCAAUUUUAGAAUCAAGAAUUGAUGGACAACCGCCAUUCUUUAGAGAAAAACCACAAAAAUUACCAGUUGAACCAGAUAAGCCUGCUGAUCUUAUGUGUUUAGCUGUGGGAGUACCAAAACCAUUAGUCCAGUGGUUCAAAAAUGAUAUAGUUUUAACUGAAAGUCAUAGAAUAAAAAUGUUAGAAGACAAUGAUGGAAGAUCUAUCCUCAGACUAGAUCCAGCUACUGAGUUAGAUCUAGGUAUUUAUAAGGUUGUGGCUAGAAAUAAAUUUGGACAAACAACGGCAAGAGCUCGGCUCGUUUUAGCACAUGAACCUGGACCUAUGGAAGCCCCAAUAGUAAAAGAAUAUUCUGAUACUGAAAUUUUAUUACGGUGGGAUCAUCCAAAACAUGAUGGAAAUGCUCCAAUAUUAUGUUAUCAAUUAGAAGUACGAGAAAAUGAAAGCGAAUGGGAAUUGGUGGCUAAAAAUAUUGAUCACGAAUUUUGGUUAAUGCAAAACCUUCGACCUUAUACAAAUUAUGAAUUCAGAUUGGCAGCAAUGAACCAUAUUGCUUGGGGUCCAACUGGACCAUCUUCACCAAUAGUUCGAACACAUUUCCCUGAUGCUCAAAAAUUGGAAGUUCCAUCGGCGAUGUUAAAUCUUCAAAUAAUAACUGAAAGUGGACGAGAAAUAAUUGGUGAUGAGCCUCGCAAUAAUUUAGAUUAUUCACUUGAGUAUAAACCAAUAGAUUGGGCUGAGCAGCCUCCUAUUGAAAAAUAUCGUUUUAUUUCUGAAAUUGCAAGAGGACGAUUUUCCGUUAUACUUAAAGGAAUCAAUACAUCAAAUGAUUCAAUUGUAGUAGCAAAAUUAUUGGAGAUUACACCCGACACUGAAUCACGAGUUACACACGAGUUUAAUGUUCUUAAAUCAUUAAAACAUGAACGAAUAGCAUAUCUCCUUGAGGCUUUUAAGCUAGAAAAUGCACCUGUAGCUGUUUUCAUUCAAGAAAAAUUACAAGGAGCAGAUAUACUGACUUACUUAUCAACAAAAGAGAAUUAUUCGGAACAAACUGUUGCUACAAUCGUCACUCAAGUAUUAGACGGAUUGCAAUACUUACACUGGCGAGGCUAUGCCCAUUUGGAUCUGCAACCGGACAACAUAGUGAUGGCUUCCGUGCGUACCAUACACAUUAAACUAAUCGACUUUGGAUGCGCACAGAAAGUCAGUAAGCUAGGAGCAGUUGUAGGGGCAAACAGCGUCUUGGAGUUCACAGCACCUGAAAUUUUGUGCGACGAACCUGCUUACCCGUACUCCGAUAUCUGGUCGCUUGGAGUGAUUGCAUACACAUUGCUUUCUGGCAUGUCGCCGUUCCGAGGAUCUAACGAUACGGAAACCAGGCAGAACAUCACAUUCGUUCGAUAUAGGUUUGAAUAUCUAUACAAGGACUUAUCACAGGAAGCCACUAGAUUUUUAAUGUUAUUAUUUAAAAGAACGCCGACGAAACGGCCAUCAGCAGAAGAAUGCCAUGAACAUAGAUGGUUGUUACCCACAGAAUAUAUGAUUAAGAAAAGAGAAAAGACCAUGUUUAAUUCUUACAAAUUACAGCACUUUGCCAAAGAGUAUCAUGAAAACAGGACCAAAUUUGCAACUUCAUCACAAAAAUUGUUGGGAGCCUUGGGAACGAGGCAAAUUGGACUUGGUCGAUCAAAUAGCGUAGUUGAUGAACUGCUUAUUUUCAAAUAAUUGUAGCAGAAACGACAACUUCGCCAAUUUAAUAUAAAGUUAAUUUUAAAUGUUAUUAUAUGAGAAACAUUACAAUGUUAUUAUAUUAUAUUAUAAACAAUGUAAUUAUACAUGUUUUAUUGAUUAAAUUAUUGUUAAUUUAAAAUGAAUAA